AUGGAAUAUGACGAGAAGCUCGCCCGGUUCCGGCAGGUCCAUCUCAACCCCUUCAACAAGCAGCAGCAUGAGCAGGGGGCUGGCGAGGAGGCCCUGGACAUUACUUCUCAAGCGCGCCUGCCCGAGCUGCCUCCCGGGGAGCCAGAGUUCCGCUGCCCAGAGCGUGUGAUGGAUCUUGGCCUGUCUGAGGACCACUUCGCUCGCCCCGUGGGCCUGUUCCUGGCCUCUGAUGUCCAGCAGCUGCGACAGGCCAUCCAGGAGUGCAAGCAGGUCAUCCUGGAGCUGCCAGAACACUCGGAGAAGCAGAAGGACGCCGUGGUGAGGCUCAUUCACCUCCGGCUGAAGCUGCAGGAGCUGAAGGACCCCAAUGAGGAUGAGCCCAACAUUCGAGUCCUUCUUGAGCACCGCUUCUACAAGGAGAAGAGCAAGAGUGUGAAGCAGACGUGUGACAAGUGUAACACAGUCAUCUGGGGCCUCAUUCAGACCUGGUACACCUGCACAGGGUGUUAUUACCGCUGUCACAGCAAGUGUUUGAACCUCAUCUCCAAGCCCUGUGUGCGGUCCAAAGUCAGCCACCAGGCUGAGUAUGAGCUAAACAUCUGCCCUGAGGCAGGGCUGGACAGCCAGGAUUACCGCUGUGCUGAGUGCCGAGCACCCAUCUCUCUGCGGGGCGUGCCCAGCGAGGCCCGGCAGUGCGACUACACUGGCCAGUACUACUGCAGCCACUGCCACUGGAACGAUCUGGCUGUCAUCCCAGCGCGUGUGGUGCACAACUGGGACUUCGAGCCGCGCAAGGUGUCCCGGGGCAGCAUGCGCUACCUGGCGCUGAUGAUGUCGAGGCCAGUGCUCCGGCUCCGGGAGAUCAAUCCUCUGCUGUUCAACUACGUGGAGGAGCUGGUAGAGAUCCGCAAGCUGCGCCAGGAUAUCUUGCUCAUGAAGCCAUAUUUCAUCACCUGCAGGGAGGCCAUGGCAGCGCGCCUGCUCCUGCAGCUCCAGGACCGGCAGCACUUUGUGGAGAAUGAUGAGAUGUACUCGGUGCAGGACCUGCUGGACACGCACACGGGCCGGCUGGGCUGCUCGCUGGCUGAGACCCACACGCUGUUUGCCAAGCACAUCAAACUGGACUGUGAGCGGUGUCAGGCCAAGGGCUUUGUGUGCGAGCUCUGCCGGGAGGGCGACGUGCUGUUCCCCUUCGACAGCCACACGUCUGUGUGCGCCGACUGCUCUGCUGUCUUCCACAGGGACUGCUACUACGACAAUUCCACCACGUGCCCUAGGUGUGCGCGCCUCACCCUGCGGAAGCAGUCGCUCUUCCGGGAGCCUGGUCCAGACCUGGACGCCUGA